AUGCCGAAGGAGAUCUCCGACAUCCGCGACUUCCUCCAGAAGGCGCGGAGGCGCGACGCGAAGUCGGUCAAGAUCAAGAAGACCAAGGGCGUCGUCAAGUUCAAGAUCCGCUGCUCCCGCUACCUCUACACGCUCCGCGUCUCCGACACGGAGAAGGCCGACAAGCUGACCCAGUCCCUGCCCCCGGGGCUCCAGCGCAAGGACAUCUAA